UGUUCGUGGUUGAUAUUUUCCGAAGAAAUAAUUGUGAAAUACUGCCGAAUUAUGAAACGUCAACAGGAUAGACACUCGCACUCAAAACACAAGAGAUCCAAAGUGACACCAGAUAUGCGCGAUAGACGUUCAAGAGAUCGUAUCAGCCAGGAGAGCGAUCACGAAAGGCGUGAAGGUAGGAGUAAAGCGAGUCGUGGUAGCCACGGGAAAAAUGAAAAGAGGGAAAAACGUGACCGAUUUCGUAACGACAGAGAUGUUGGCAGAGAUGCCUUUGAUCGUGACCGUGAUAGUGGAUAUGUGGAACGCAUGAAUGCUAAACAGGAAUAUCGAACCCUGAAAGUGUCAAAUUUCAGUGUGCAUGUUUCUGAUAUGGCGAUCAAAGACGCCUUGUAUCAUGAAUUCAAAAAAUUCGGUGAAGUCAAUGUGCGUCUGACUUACACUGCCGGAGACGAGAGGGUGGCUUAUGUGAAUUUUAGGGUUACCGACGGUGCCCGCGAGGCACGACGCGCUAAAACCGGAAGGCUUGUGUUGUUCGAUCGCACUGUUGAUAUCACACCUGUGUAUUUGCCCCAUGAUCAUGGCCCUAUAAAACAAAGGAGUUUAAGUCCAGAUAAUUCAAGUUAUGCCAAUCGUAAUACGUCCCCUCCAAGGAGGAUGCAUGUCAGGCAUGGAAGCUUGCCUCGAGAAGUGACUCCUCGUGAACGCAAUUAUACUGCCUAUGAUAAUAACCGACAACAGCGCAACUAUGGAAACUCGAAUGAUUUCUUCACACCACGUGAACAACAUAUGCUGCCGGAAGAUGACCAAAGAGCUACACGCACACUGUUUGUUGGAAAUCUUGAAGCCGCUGUUGCGGAGAGUGAGCUUCGUCGUGUGUUUGACCGUUUUGGUAUUGUGGAAGAUGUUGAUGUUAAACGUCCCAUGCGAGGUCAGGGUAAUGCAUAUGCUUUUGUGAAAUUUUUGAAUUUAGAUAUGGCACAUAAAGCCAAAGUUGCUAUGUCAGGCCAGUAUUUGGGAAGGAAUAUUUGUAAAAUAGGCUAUGGAAAACCUGUUCCAACAACUCGUCUUUGGGUCGGAGGCCUUGGUCCUUGGACCUCUCUUGCUGUUCUUGAACGAGAAUUUGACCGAUUUGGUGCCAUACGGAAAAUUGAUUACAUCAAAGGUGAUAAUCAUGCCUACAUUUCGUACGAUUCUUUGGAUGCUUCACAAGCUGCCUGUUCUCAAAUGCGAGGCUUCCCAUUGGGAGGACCAGAUAGACGUCUGCGUGUUGAUUUUGCUGAUCCUGAAUCAAUUGUUAAAGCAUAUCCAGUACCUCAUCAAUAUUCUCCACCGCACCCACGACAUGAUAAUAUUGUGCCAGACCCAUAUCGCCGAAAUCCUGAACGUGGAAUGACACCACCCCUUUAUAGAGAUGGAGAAUUGGACCAUUGGGGUGCAGUUAACGCUGGUGGUUAUAGUUUGCCGCCUCCACCACCUCUCCCACCACGCAGGGACGAAUGGCCUAUUGAGCGUGAUCAUGGUGGUAUGGGACGUCAUGGUGAACCUGAUUGGGACCGUGGUCGUCGUAUGAACGACAUUCCUCCAAGCAGGGCUCGCGAUAUGGGGCCAAUCGAUAGACGCAAACGUGCUAUGUCACCGAUUGGUAGGAAUAGUUCUCCAGGAAGGAUUAGGGACCAGCGUAAAUUACGAUCGCCAAUUCAUGAACGAGACUUCUCUCCUGAAAAAUUUCGUGAUUCCAGACAUAUUUCUCCAUCCAGACUGACAACUAAUAAACGUGAUAUUUCACCAAAAGACAUGCGAACAAAGCGUCACCGUUCAAGCAGUAGUGACGGAUGGAGUAAAUCUGACAGAUUUGAGGAAGACUCUAAAAUGAUUGAUAAAGUGGGAAAAUAUCGCUUGAAGCACGACAAAAAGGGACGGAACCGAGACAAAGUGGAGGAAGUUGACAACUUGAAUGACCUUGCAGGUUGUUUUCCUGUAGCUUGGCAUGGAUCUGUUGUUUUGAAAAACAGUGCAUUUGCUACAAGGAUGCAUCUGAUUGGUGGAGAUCCCAGUGUUGUUGAUACUUUAUUGUGUGAUUCAUCGUCAAGUGAUUCUCCUGUAUUGCGUAUAACGCAACGUUUACGCUUGGACCAGCCAAAAUUAGAGGAAGUGACUCGUCGAAUUUCGUCAGCUGGUUCCACCGGAUACUGCCUUCUCCUUGCUUUGAGUGGAUCACAACAGAACGUGGAAGAACCGAAUCAGACACAGAUGAGACCACUGCGGAAUUUAGUAUCUUAUCUGCAACAAAAACAAGCUGCUGGUGUAAUAAGCCUGCCUUCUACCGGAAUAAACAAGGAUAAAGAACGCGAGAUUGGUGUGUUACAUGCUUUCCCACCUUGUGAAUUCUCACAUAAAUACUUGUUGCGUGUGGCACCUUCCUUAGGAGAGGAUCCGUCAAAGGAAGAUCAUUUAGUUGUGAUUAUUGUGCGUGGUGCUGCAUAA